ACUAAAAUCAUCAACACAUAAUUUUUUCAUUCGCAUUUUCUCGAAGAACUCUUUUACAAUUUUCCACUUUUAUACGGUGUUUUUCCCAUCACAACACUUCAGCAAAUGUGGCUUGAAGUGUCCAUCUGUAGAAAUAACCAUUUUCCUCGCCAUAGGCAAUGAUGACGAAUCAUCCGGAAGACUUCGAUCAACAAUUUCAGGCAGAUCUUGAGAAAGCCACUGCCCUGAGUCUGGAGUCACUGGCACUUGAGCAGUUUCGCAGGAAGAAACUGGGCUUGCCGCCAAUUGAGGAAUCAUCGCUGCUCAACUCAAAACCAACAUCACAGCUUCCGACGCGGAGACAUAGUGAUAUCCAUCACAAUGUCCCACUGCCGGGCAGCAUCCCGAGGCGUCGUCAGGAUGAAGACCAGCCUGACUUGAUAUCCUUCAGCCAGCCGGAAGGCGUCCAGGAGACGCCGCCAAGGGCGGAGAACACGGCGCACGACAAUUUUGUGCAGCUGGUGGAUCAGAUGCACACGCUGAGGGCGAAGCAACUGAGCGAGAACAACCUGUACCGCAGUCAGAGUCUGCAGAAUCCCGCCACGUCCUACUCAUGGCAACUCAUGCCCUACAAUCUGAACCACACAGCGUCGAAUCCCGCGCAGCCUUACACUCCUCCGCCGCCGCUUCAGGGGCCAAACACGGCGGCUCCGCUCACGCCGGAUCAACUCACGCGACUGUACAGCAUGAGUCCAUACGCACAGCAGCCGAACACGUCCGCCGCCAGUCCGUAUUCCGCGCAUCCGGGCAUGUACGGCGGAUACAUGCACUACCCACCACCAUCUCCAGGCCCAUCCGCGAUGCCACAGCGUGCCACAGUGUCACCCAUCGGUGCCCACUUGGUGGCCAAUCCCGAGUCAGCCCUUGUGCCUGUGCCCAAAGAGCCACCACAGCUGCCUGUCCUCGCGCAGCCUUCGCCGCCAGCGCAAGUGCCCGUGAGAAGUGCGAGGAGACCAAAUACGGAUGAUCUCAUUGACUUGGGCAGUGGAAUCGACAAUAAAUCUAUCGAUAAAGUAAGCGUUCUUGAGGCAUUUGAUCCACUGCUGAGUGAUCAGGCGUCAAACAGUUUUGCCGAUAAAGAUGACAAUGCUUCAGAGUGCACCAACAGUUACUACUCGGAGUACGAUCCCUUCGACUAUCUCUACAGCAGCGGCGGCACACAGUAUUCUGAUCCUGUUUACGAGGCAGUCAACAAAACCGAACGUGGAUUCAAUGCAGGAAAUGCCCCACCAAUAGGAUGGAAUGUGCAGCCGAUUGGGUGGAAUUACGGUCAGAUGGGAACUCCGCCGCCACCACUUCCGCCCAGGAAUAUAUCAGCCAGUCCAAUUCCAUCGCCGGACGAUAGCACGAUCACGCGCCAAUCGGGAGAUCGCAGGAAAUAUCCAACGAAGCUGUAUGAAAAUGUGGUGAUUCGCAAGUGUUACGAUGGCGAAUUGAUGAGCUUCUAUCGUAUGAUCCUCGACAUACGGAAUCGGUACAAACACGGUGAUUUGGAGUCAAAUGUGGGUCACAUUGUGGCAUCGGAGUUUGAGAGUUCAUAUUCUGAGUCGACAAGCAUCAAGAUUCUCGUACAUCCAGCAUUGGAGGCUGUGGAUCAGAUGGCGCUGAUGAGGAACAUUGAGCGGAAUCGUGUGAGCAGCAUUGAAGGCACGGCGUUAAAUAGUAGCAAAGGACAAAUUCCAGGCUAUGGUCCACCUAUAGUAUUUACCUGUGAUAUUAGUACAACUGUAGAACACGUGAUAAUGCAUGCAUUCUGUGAAUUAGAAGGCCAAAUAAGGGGUGAAGUUUCUGAUUUUGCACUGAAGCCAAUUGGUGUUGUGGAAUGGCUCUCGCCCAAGUCAAAAUUGAGUCAAUUGCAGUGUAUUCACAAUAGUAUAAAAUUGGAGAAGGACGUUCAGCUGGGAUUGUGCCCAAAGACGUCUGCCAAUGUCAAGACCAUCGCGCGCACUCUUCAAGAUGACUUGAGGGAUGCUGAAAUUAAGCCCGAAGACAUUGUUGUGCACGAGCCUGUGUCGUCGAUCAGCUACAACAACCUCAUGAUCCUCCUGGAGACGCUGGAAUCGGAAAUUGCUCAGCUGGAGUUGGCGGCCACGAAUCCCAAUCGACACACUGUACUUAGCUGUUCGGGCGUUGUGCAGUCCGUGAAGGCGAUUUGCGCCCUUCUCGGAAACAUUGACACUCUCGACAUUUCCGAUGCGAUCGUCCAAUUGACGGCCGUGUGCGAGAAUGGCCAGAACAUCUUCAGCUGUGCGGGUGGAAAGUUGGACAUUAUAUCUGAGAGUGGUGACUAUGCACAGGUGAAUUUGCGACCGCGAACAGUUGUCGAACAGAUUCGAUACCGAUGCCACCACGUGAGAGACAGUAUUCAGCAUCUCCUGGAGAUCUACUCAAAUGCCUUCCGUGUGGACUUCUGUGUCAACCAGCCGGAUUACAUAUCAUCUUCUGUGCCAAUAUCAAAUGUGUCGGAGAGCGUGAUGGUUCACGUGAUGUGUCUACAUCGUCCUCCGGUGACAUGGAAGCAUGAUGAGUACAAUCUUGGUGCCCAGAUUUACCACGGAACGCGAUACAUUGGCGAUGCCGUUGUGACACAGUGCACAAAUGAGAUUAGUGGCAUUUAUCCACGCCUGACAUUCAACACUUGGCUGAAUUUCGAGGGCAUUCCCGUGUGCACGUUGCCACGCGAGAGUCGACUGAUCUUCGUCCUGUACGGAUGCUCAGUGGAGACAUCAGAUGACGCUGGGAAUGCCACAAAUGCCCCAAGUGACGCCACAGCAAACACCAUGAACGGCACGAAUGGUGAAAGGAUGACAAAGACGGAAUUGGGUUGGACGUCAAUUCAGUUCUUUGAUUACGAACGCAACAUGAUUCAGGGCACAUUUUUGCUCUCCCUCUGGCCACCAACGACGGACAAGUACUUGGGUCCGGCGCCGGCGAGAGGCACUCAUCCGUAUGGUGAUACGUAUCCUGUUUUGGGUGUGGAAAUUCCCAAUUAUGGAGGAAAUGUGGUGUUUCCCGAAGCGCCGGCGAAUCACGUACCGCGACCACGAUAUGACUUCUAUAGUCUGGACUGCAAUUUGCGACAGGAGCUGAUUGACACCGCCGAACAGGGAUAUCCGAGUGCCUUGGACAAGCGCGAAGUGCUGUGGGAGAAGAGACACUAUCUCCAGGCAUUGCCACAUGCACUGCCCAAGAUUCUCCAUGCGGCGCACAGUUGGGAUUUUGCCAGUGUCAUUGAUCUACACGAUUUGCUGCGCUCCUGGAGUCCACUCUCACCUUUGCAGGCACUGGAGCUCCUCCUGCCACGAUAUCCUGACAUGGAAGUGCGUCGCUAUGCCGCAAAGUGGGUGUCAGCCAUACAUCAGGAUCAACUGGUGGAUUUUCUGCCACAAUUGCUGCAAGCCCUGAAGCAUGACACUUACGAGGCGUCCUCCAUGGCCAAUCUGCUUCUCUCGCGCUCACUGGAGUCUCCGCGUGUUGCUCAUCAUCUCUACUGGUUGCUGGUGAAUCAUCUGCCCGGCGAGAGUCCUCAGAACACCAUUGAACCGCAACAAGUGGACAGCGACACGACGAUGAUCACACAAGCGCGAUAUCACAGGCGCAAUCAGAUGAUGUUGCGAGCACUGCUGGCCACGUGCGGUGAGAAGCUCUCGGCGAGAUUCCUCGCGCAGAACAUGAUGUGCCGGAGUCUCGCGGAAGCUGCCCAGUGCGUGAAGCAGUCGAAGGAGUCAAUGAGACAGAAGACACUUGUGCAGGGAAUGGAGGCGGUUAAUCACAUUCUCAUGGAGCGUCCAACAUCUCUGCCACUCGGUCCUGAAUUGGAAGUAGUGGGUGUGAGUGUGAGGAAUUGCAGCUACUUCAAUUCCAACACUCUUCCGCUGAAGAUAAACUUCAUUGGGCCCGAUGGUGGAGUUGUUCCUGCAAUUUUCAAGAGUGGUGAUGAUUUGCAGCAGGACAUGCUGACACUGCAAUUGGUGAAGAUUAUGGACAAAUUGUGGCUGCGAGAGGGAUUGGAUUUGAAGAUGGUGACAUUCAAUUGUGUGCCGACUGGACACAAGAAGGGCAUGAUUGAGCUCGUCACCGAUGCGGAGACACUGCGGAAGAUUCAGGUGGAAUGGGGCUUGACAGGCUCCUUCAAGGACAAGCCAAUUGCCGAGUGGCUGGCGAAGCAGAAUCCCAGCCAAUUGGAGUAUCAGCGCGCCGUGGACAACUUCACGGUCUCGUGUGCUGGUUACAGCGUAGCCACGUAUAUUCUUGGCAUCUGUGAUCGCCACAAUGACAACAUCAUGCUCAAGACGUCCGGACAUCUCUUCCACAUUGACUUUGGGAAGUUCCUGGGCGAUGCUCAGAUGUUUGGCAAUUUCAAGCGCGACCGAACACCUUUUGUCCUCACAUCUGACAUGGCGUACGUGAUAAAUGGCGGUGAUCGUCCAUCGACGAAAUUCCACCACUUUGUCGAUCUGUGCUGUCAGGCAUUCAACAUCGUCCGGAAGCAUGGAGAUCUCAUUCUGCACAUGCUCGCGCUCAUGGCAACCGCGGGCAUUCCUGGCGUCACGGCCGAUGCUGUGACGUACGUGAGAAGGGCUCUGUUGCCGGGACAAUCCAACCCAGAAGCCGCCGCGUCAUUCGCCAAGAUGAUUCACAUUUCGCUAAAGUCCUGGUUCACCCAAUUCAACUUCUUCCUCCACAAUCUGGCUCAGCUUCGCUUCAGUGCAGAUGAGGACAAUGGUGAGCUGUUGAGCUUCGUUCCGAGAACUUACACAAUGGCACAGGAUGGAAGGCUGCAAUCGGUGGUGGUUUAUGGCUAUCAGAAGAGAUACGAUCUAGAAAAGUAUUACACGUAUAUUCUGAAGGUGACAAGACAGAAUCAACCGGAUCCAGCAUAUUUAUUUCGCUCCUACAAGGAAUUCCUGGAGUUUCACCAGAAACUGUGCCUUCAUUUUCCACUGGCGAAACUCCACAGUUUACCCAGUGGAAUUCACGUGGGUCGUUCAAAUGUGAAAACUGUGGCGGAACGAAGAUUGCCCGAGAUUCGCACAUUCUUGACGUCCCUGUUCAAUUCUGCAGACGAAAUAGCGCACUCGGAUCUCGUGUACACCUUCUUCCAUCCGCUGUUGCGUGAUCAACAGGAGGCGGACAUACACGUGGCGAAAGUUAAAGAAACUCGAUCAAUUCCAACUGAGAGAGAUUGUGGAGAAAUUAAGCUGUCCCUUCAGUACCAUCGCGGUGCCUUAACAGUCAUGAUUCACCAUGCGCGAUCUCUGCCGCUCACAACCGGUGGCCAAGAACCGAACACGUAUGUGAAAGUCUACUUGAAACCAGACCCUACGAAGGCAACAAAACGCAAGACAAAAGUCGUCCGCAAAAAUUGCUUCCCCAGCUUCAUGGAGACGCUCGAAUACCGAAUGCCGCUGGAUUUCAUACAAAGUCGCUCACUGCAAGUCACCGUGUGGAGUCAUGAUUCUCUCCAGGAGAACGAAUUCCUCGGCGGUGUUCAGCUGGAGCUGAGCAAGAUGAAUCUGAGGGAGGAGAUUAUUCGAUGGUUCCCUCUUGGAUAUCUGCCGAGAUCCUAAAUCUGCAUUGAUUUUCAAAGCCUGCAACGCGCGAAAGCUUCAAAUAUUUUCAACCUUACAAUAAUAAUAAUAAUAAUAAUAAUAAUUUACUGAGGGUGUUUAUUUCAACACACACACAUUCCCCUAAGUAACAAAUCUCAAAUCUUAUGAAAGUUAUAUACAUAUAUACUACAUAAACUUGCACAUUGAAAAGUUUAUUUAAAUGGCAAAAAAAAGAAGAGAGCAAUAAAAAGAAUUACUUGCAA